UUGCGUUUGCUUUUGCAUUUUGGCGGCCGGCGCGAAUUUGACAUUGUUUUUAUACGUUGUGCGUUUAUUAUUUGUGGCCCUCAAUCGGUUUGUUCUUGUUUGUUUGUUUUUUUGUUUGAGUUUGCAAACUUUUGCACGUUGCGCCGUUACAACGACAACAACAACAGCAGCAGCAGCAGCAACCGCCAUUUGGAAUUUAAAACGACGCGACGUUGCUAUAACAGUUGAUGAACCGUUAAAGCUGCAAGGGCUAUUGCGCCACAUUACGACAACAAUAAGCGAAUGUAACGAAAUUGUAAAGUUUGUUUAUGUUUUUUCAUGUUCAAGUGAAAGCGUGUGAAAAAUAGAGUCACCUUAACAUUGCAAAGCCAAGCUCAAGUCUUGCUUCAAAUUUCUUCUUCGAUAUACAAAUUGAGCCUCUCUCUUACGCGCUCUUUGGCUGCGCUCUCUCUGUGUUUGCGCUCGCUCGCGCGUGUGUGUGUGUGUAAAUGUUUGUUUGUGAAACUGCGUAAGAAAGAAGAAGAAGCAUCAGCGCAAUAUUUCCCCCAAGGGGGGAAGGAACAUUUUAACUUUUAACCCCCCUGCCACACAACAUAAUAAGAUAUCCUGUGGCCAAUCAAAGCCAAAGCUUCCGGCCAACUAACGACAUGCAACCGCAACUGUUGCGCCUGCCCAACAACAGCAACAACUACAACAACAACAACAACAACAUCAUUGGAGCAGCAACAACAACAAGUUUAUUGCAGUAAGCCAGCAUGUCAGCCACAAUAACAUCAACAUCCACAACGACAGCUUGAACUCGCCACUGACAUUGCGAGACCAAAACUGAGACUGAGACCAGAGAGAGAGAGAGAGAGAGAUCGCAGAUUGAAUUUUGAAUGCCAGCCUUAGGCGUUGCCCCAACUCGGAGUCGCAGUCGAAGCUGCAGUCGAACUCACACAAUGGCCACCCAUGGCACGCUCUAUCGACCAUCUGGCGGAGUCGCCACCGCCACUGCCUCAGCCUCAGCUGCCACGCCCAUUGGUGUCGUCGUUCAAUACGCCACAGCCCCAAAGCCCUUUGCAGCUGGCGCCGUGCAAAGCGGCGCCGAACGGAGUCGACUCCUCGAGCUGCUGCGCGCCCCCAACAAUCUCACCUCGCCCACCCUGGAACCCUCAUCGAAGGGUCUGCUCAACGGUCCCGGGCAGAACAAUUGCUUCCUUAACUGUGCCGUACAGGUCUUGUGGCACUUGGACGCCUUUCGACGCUCGUUUCGAAGUCUCAAUCAACAUGUUUGCGGCGGCCAAGACUGUAUUUUCUGUGCUCUGAAGGAACUCUUCCAGCAGCUGCAAACGAGCUCGGAGCCAGCUUUGUGUCCGGAACCCUUGCGUCGCGCCUUGGCCAGCGGUCCGUUGGCUGGACGUCGUUUUCCCCUCGGCUGUCUCGGCGAUGCUGCCGAGUGCUUUGAGCUCCUACUCCACCGCGUUCACUCGCACAUCUCCCCAGACGAUGGUGACUCGUGUGAGUCGCCAGCUUGCAUUGCCCAUCGACGCUUUGCCAUGCGCGUCAUCGAGCAGAGCGUCUGCAAGUGCGGCGCCAACUCGGAGCAGUUGCCCUUCACUCAGAUGGUGCACUACGUCUCCGCUUCAGCGCUGACCUCCCAGAAGAGUCUAGCGCUGCAGAAUCAUCAACAACUCAGCUUCGGGCAGCUGCUGCGUGCUGCCGGCAACAUGGGGGACAUUCGCGAUUGUCCGAACACCUGCGGUGCCAAAAUCGGCAUUUGCCGCGCGCUUCUCAAUCGACCCGAUGUCGUCUCCAUUGGCAUUGUGUGGGACUCGGAGCGUCCAGCGGCCGAUCAAGUGCACGCCGUGCUCAAGGCUGUGGGCACGAGUCUGCGCCUCGCGGACGUCUUCCAUCAGGUCAGCGAGCAGCGAUGGGCACAGCAGGCCCAGCAUGAACUUGUUGGCAUCGUGUCGUACUAUGGCAAGCACUACACGACCUUCUUCUACCACACAAAGCUCAAGGUGUGGGUCUACUUCGAUGAUGCCAAUGUGAAAGAGGUCGGACCCAGCUGGGAGGGAGUUGUCGACAAGUGCAGUCGCGGUCGCUAUCAGCCACUGUUGCUGCUCUACGCUGUGCCACAGCCCCCGAGCUCGCAGGUCGCCGCCGAUCUGCUGCCCAUGGGACAGACGACAUGUUCUGCGACAGUGCGUCGUGCCGUCACCCCCAGUCCGGAGAAGCCGAGUCUGGGAAACACGAGGCGGGCCAUUACACCGACGCCGAUGCCACUGCGUGCCCCCUUGAAUGAUUAUCAGAACCUGAGCGUCAUCCAGAAGAACAUCUUCCCUGUUCCCGUUGCAGCUGGAUCAGGAACAGGAGCGGAAGUGCUGCCAACUGGCAGCGACGAGACGGAUGCCUACAUCAGUCGCAAGACCGUAGAGCAUGUGCUGAGUGCGCAGUAUCAGAAUCUGAGCGUCAUUCAGGACAAGAUUGCCUCCUCGUCUGGUUCCUCGGCAGUUGGCAGCAACAACGUCCCAUCCAUCGCUGUCUCCAACGCGAAUGGCGACAAGGACGGCGGUUUCCUCAAUCGCAAGCCCAUCGAGGCGAUGCUGAGCGCACAGCUUGCGCGUCGUCAGCAUCUGCAGCUGCAGCGCAGCCACAGCGCCGAGUCGAGUUCGGGACACACGAGUGGCGCCUCCAACGGCAGCUCGCCACCGAGCGAUGGCCUCACUAUACCGGAGCAUUUGAAUCAGCCGCGACGUCGCGACUCGGGCAACUGGUCCGGCGAUCGCAACAGCGCCAGCUCGGCCAGCUCCACAACACUGGACAAUCCCUACCUGUACAUGGUGGCCAAGCGCGGUGUUGCCGCCGUUCCCCAAAGUCCCACGCGACACGGACACGGUCAUGGUCAUGGCCACGGACUGCCCUACGAUGCGGGCUACGAUUCGUUCUCGCUGAGCUCAACGGACUCAUAUCCGCCGAAGCAUGUGCUCAACCCGCAACUGGCCAAGAUCCCAGAGGCGGGCGCAGGUGCAGCUAAUGGAGCCAAGGGACCGGGUCACGGACAUGGACACGGCUUAACCCUCUCGGGUGACUGUGAGAAACUAUGCCAUGAGGCCGAUCAGCUGCUGGAGAAGUCUCGACUGGUCGAGGAGUCGCACGACCUGGAGACUGCCCUGGUGCUAUGCAACGCCGCUGCGGGAAGAGCUCGCGCUGCCAUGGAUGCACCCUACAGCAAUCCACACACGAUGACGUUCGCCCGGAUGAAGCACAACACAUGUGUGAUGCGGGCGAGAAGUCUCCACCGACGCAUUCUCGUGGAGAAGGGCGCCGAGAGCGAAGCGAUGCCGGAGAUGAAACACAUGCGCGAGGGCAGCAACAGCAGCGUCAAGCACAUACGUCAGAACAGCAAGGAUCGGACACUGGACAAGCUGGAGAAACUGGAACAAUCGCCAGCCUCGUCGACCUCCUCAUCGGUGGCCAAGAGCAUCGAGAUCUAUGCGACGCUGCCGAAGCGCAAGAGUCCGCUAAAAGCACUUGUCGGCGUUGGCUGCGACGACAAUGCUAUCGAGUACGAGCAGCAGCUGAGCACUCCGAGCAACAGCCAAGCGAAACCCGAGCGCGAGAGUCGCUCGCUGUUCGGUCGACGGGAUAAGGAUAAGGACAAGGACAAAGAGAAGGAGAAGCGCAGUCGGAGCGAGGAUCGCAACAAGUUGACGCGAGAAUUCUCGCUGACGGAGACGCUGCUGGUCAAUGCCAAGGACACCCUGAAGAAGCACAAGGAGGACAAGGACGAGAAGAAGGAGAAGGACAAGAGCGGCAAGAAGCAACACAAAAUCCGACGCAAACUCCUGAUGGGCGGUCUCAUACGUCGCAAGAACCGUUCCAUGCCCGAUCUCACCGAAGCCGUAGUCGACGACAACCACAGCCAUGGCCACGGCAAUUCUCACAACGUGGGCAGCAGCAGCCACACCCUCGCCCACAACAGCAGCAGCAACCACGCACAUACGCACGUGCAUGCGCACCUAACCACCCUGAAUGCUCCGCUGACCAGCUCGGUGGAUGACAGCGCCGUCGGUUUAAAUUUGCAUGGACAUGGCAAACAUGGUCUGGGUCUUGGGCUCGGACAUGGUCAUGGACAAGGAGGAUUCAUGAUGAGUGGCUACAUUUCGGAGGGUCACUUCGACUACUCAAGCAAGGGAAACGGACACAACAGCAACGGCAACGCAGCGACCAUGUCGAGUGCCAAUCCGAACCUAGAGCGAAGCAAACUGAUGCGCAAGAGCUUCCACGGCAGCGGGCGACAGCUGACGAUGGUCCCUAAGGUGGCGCCACCUCCGCCCAUGCGUACCAGCUCCUCCCUGACCCCUCAGCAACAGCAGCAGCAACAACAGUUCCAUCACGAGGCCAAUCUGUCGAACAUCUCAGCGAUGAGCUCGAACACAUCGAUCAGCGAGGAUUCAUGCCAGACCAUCAUCACAACCUGUGCUCAGGUGCAUUCGGAGCAGAGUCCCCUCAAGGACUUGCAGCUGCAAUUGGCAUCCUCAUAUCCCACCGCAGCGCAGGACGAACUCGACGGUCGGCAAACGCAGGCGCCAGAGCUGCCGCCACCUCCUCCACUGGAGCUGCCCCCGUAUCCCAGCCCCCCGCAGUCGGUGUGCCAUUCGCGACAGGCGAGUGAGGAUUUCCCGCCACCGCCACCACCUGAAAUUGAUCUGGAACCGCUCAACCAGCAGCUGAGUCAUCUGCAAGCACUCGAGGCGGCCAGCAAGCAGCAGCGCCAGCAACUGGACUCCCUUGAGGGCACCACCAGCAUUCUCGCCCAGCUGCAGCAGCGCCAGCAUCUGCUGAAACUGCGCAAGGAUCAGGCGACACCGAUGCCCAUGGGCAUGGACUGGUCCAAGCAAGCGCCCAACGAUCUCAGAAGCAAGCAGGAGACAUCGGCAUCAGCGUCGAGCAGCAGCAGCGUGCGGGAUUUGGCGCAUCGCUUUGAGCAGACUAAUGGCAACAACAUGCGUUCCUAUGCCUCUCAGGAGUUGCUCAAUAACAGUCCCAGCUCUGGCGGUCAGGGUCAAGGUGUUGCUUCCCUUGCUGGCAGCGGACUGCGAACGCAGAUGAAUGGACUGCCCAACAAUAACAGCAAGCAGGAGUCUGGCGAUGAGGUUGACUGUGCGCUGCCCAUGCGGAUGCCGCUAGCGAUGACGCAUCAACAACAACAACAGCAGCAACUGUUGCUGCCGAAGCCCAAGUACGAGAUGUCACAAUCGCAGAUCGCCGAGGAGAUACGCGAAGUGGAGCUGCUCAACUCGAUGGUGCAACAGACACUGAACCAGAGCAAUCUGCAAUCGCUUCAGGCGCCGCCAAAGCGUGUGAAGAAGAAGAGCGUCUCAUUCUGUGAUCAAGUGAUUCUGGUUGCCACCGCUGGCAACGAGGAGGACGAUGAUUUUAUACCCAAUCCGAUACUGGAGCGUGUGCUACGCACUGCGCAGCAUCCCAACGAGAAAGUCACUGCUCAGCUCAUCCAGCAGCAGCAGCAGAAUAUGCUGCGGUUGCAGACGGAGCCACAGUCACGCCAGCAACAUCAACAACAGCAGCAGCAGCCACCAACGCAGCAGCAGCAAGCAUCUCCUAUGCUCGGUAGACCCGAUAUGCAGCGAUAUGUGCAGCGUCAGCAGCAGUUGAUGCAGCAGCAGCAGCAACAGGAACUGUUUCGUCUACAGCAACAACAGCAACAACAGCAACAACAACAGCAGCAACAACAGCAGCAACAGCAAAUGCAGCAACGAACUAGCAUGAACGGUUUAUCCAGCAACAACCUUCAGCACUUGCAGCAGCAACAGCAGCAGCAGUUGGAGGCUCAAUACACGAGCAUGCCACGAGCCAUGCACUUGGCAGCUCAACACCAGUUGCCGCAGAGCUAUUCGGUGCAGUUGCAGAAGCAUCAGCAGCAACAACAGCAACAGCAGCUCAGCCUUGCCUACUUCAGCAAUGGAAAUGCGGGACAAAUGGAGCAGCAGCCGCUGCCCUCGCCCUAUCAGCGUGUACCUGUGCCCCAUGGACCCUACUAUGCACCUCCGCCCCAACAGCAGCAGCAACAGCAGCAACAAGUGAUGAAUAUGAAUGGCAAGCCAGCGCAGAAAAAGGUUAGCUUUGAGCCAGGAACGAAAGGAGAAACCGAAAGCUUGCCACCGCCACCGCCGCCACCACAAACGAAGCUCGCCCUGCAAAAUAAUGGAUUGCCUGAAUCGAUGGCGGGCAACGCAACAUCAGCAGCAGGAGCAGCAGCAGCAGCAGCAACCACAGCCAUCACUGCCAUUCCCACCCGCGUGUACAACAAUGCCAUCGUAAAGGCUUCGGCCAAAGCCGUCGAGUGCAAUCUGUGCCGCAAGCGACACGUGAUUGCGCCCGCCGUCUACUGCACCAACUGCGAAUACUAUCUGCAGAUGCUGAAUCAGCGCAGAUGAUGAUGAUGAUGAUGUUUAGAUGUUUAGAUAUGUUUAGUCUCUAACUGUAGAUGGAAACUGUUAAAUCUCAAGCAAUGCUGCCACGCCCAAAACCACGCCCAUAUGAUGCAUAUGAUAGGAUGAAAUGUGUACAUAGCUAAUCAUUGUCGUACGUAUAAUAUGUAGAAGUCGAAGCUACUGAGGAUCAGGAUCAGGAUAAGGAUGCAAAUGCGAAUGCGAAUGGUUCCUUGUAUGGGGGUGGGCAACAACAGUCCUUUUAUGGUUCCACAUAAGAUGUCCAAACUGUAUCAAGCCUCGCCUACGCUUACACACAUGCACACACACUAACACACACAUUCAUACACGCAUGUUCCCAGCACACAUUCAUAUACGUAUACUUGCCUUUAUACAUAUAUCUAACACAUGUCGCUCACAACGAACAACCACAACAACAUCAACAACUCCAUCCAGCCUGGCUUCCGUAAACUCAUUCAUUUUUUUUUCUUUUUUUUUUGUAACAAUUUUUACAAUUAUUUUACACAUUUAUUUUUGAUAAGCUUCGAAUUUAAUCGUUAAGUUAAGCGCUUUUAUACGUUAAGUUUGAAACUCAGCCGCUGAGCUUCCGCCGCCGGGCAGUUGUCGAACGACGCCUGGAUAUGUUUUUUUUAUUAUUAUUAUUAUUAUUACUACUUAAACUAUAGUAAGCAUUUAUUUUUUGAUGACCACUUAAUAAGCAUAUUACUUUAUAUGUUUUUUUUUAUGCAUUUUAUACAAUUUUUUUUUUUAAUAUUUUAUAGCGCUUGUUUACAUAGCUACGAUUAUUUGUAUACAUAUUUUAUAACGACUUUUUUAAGAUUUUUCUUUACAGAAAACUGAACAACAUAAACGA